AUCGCGCUGGUCAGGGUAAAUUGUGCGCGAAAGCCUUAUAUUUUUUAAACGCAGCUUAAUAUGGCGGCGUCCAUAAGAUACACGUGUGUAUGUGGUUACAUCUUUUUUCUUAUACAUUCUUCAUACAUAUACGAAUAAACCAAUAACAUGGAUAAGAUUAGCAAGUCGAAAAAAAUACGUAAGCGAACUUCACAAAACGAGAAUGAAACGUCGACAAAAAAAGCAAAGAUCGAUAAAUCUAUCGAGGAAGUACUUGAACGUGAUAUACAAAAAGACAUAAAUUUUGAAGAUAAUGAAGGUAACAUGAAGGAUGCUAAUUGCAAUGAAACGGAUAUACUUAACGGACAAUCUCUGAGAACUUUUUUUUCUUCUAACAACUUGACUGUUCUGAAGAAAUUUGUGAUAAUAUGCAAUGAGAAUAAAGAAAGAGAUCUUGCGUUAGAGUAUUUGCUUGCUGGUGGCAAUGUUCUCGAGGUGUUGAAGUUAUUAGAAUUUUCUGAUAGAAAGAAUACUGCUAAUGCUAUCACUGUUUUUUCUGCGAUCAAUAUCUUACUCAUUAAGAUUUUGAGAGAAUGUCCUCAAUAUCAGAAUAAUGCAAUAGAAAGUUGUCGUCAUCUCUUGAAUUCACACAUGUCUAUUGUACAUUCCAUGCUUUCAAUACAAAGCAGUGCCAAACAACGUAAAGUGAUAUUAAGAUUGUUAGCAAUAAUAGCAUCCUUGGAUAAUAAUCUGUCUAGAGAGUUGCUUAUGUAUCUAUCAUUGCAGCAACAGGUGUUAGAGAAUUUAGUACAACAUACCAAACCUAUGGAUCCUGAAAAUGUUAGGACAUGUUUUAUUCAUUUUAUUCUUGCUUUCCUUGUAGAAGGGAAUACAUUAGUAAUUAAAACAUUAUUGGAUAAGCAUGAUCUGCUGUGCUGUAUUUUCUCAGAUUUAUUAUAUGAUUCAAAAGAGAUUGUCACUUUGGUUCUCACUACUGUAAAGACAUAUGUGCUAGAGAAUAUUAACAUUAGUAAAACAACAAAAUUACAUGUAUUCUCCACACCUGUUAUAUUGAAUCUAAUAUCAUUAUAUAAUUGGAAAGGACCAAAUAAUUGGCCUAGAGACAAAAUUUGUAGUCUUGAUGAAAAUGAAGAUUUUUUAACAGAUAAAAAGAUCGUUACUGACAUAGUUCAUGAGUUCUUAAUCACUUUGUUAACAUCACAUCGUUAUGGAGUUAUUUUCCAUGACCGAACACUGGGUGGUUCGCAAAAUAAACACAAUCAGCUGAUCCAUACGGUUCUUCAAAACUUGGAAAAGCCUUGGGAACACGAGAAGCCAUCAGAUUUGAUUGUUAAGAUAAUACGUGCUUGUCCAAAUCUAAUUCAGUCACAAUAUAAUGCCAUUGAACCAUUUCUUAAACCUCGAAUAUCACUUAAAUGGAUUUAUCUUCUUAGAUUUAUAGAAAAGAUAGUGAAAUCAAUUGACCCAAUUAAUUGUAUUAAAACUUAUGCUGUGGAAUUGAAAGCAAACGAUUUGAUAAGUACAUUACUUUCUUGGACAAUCCCAAAUACGAUUAUAAAAAUUGCUAUCUUACCUGGAUUAGAUCAUGAUAGUCUUUCUAUUCGACAUGAAGCUUUAUCUCUCCUUCUAACAAUGAUAAAUCAAGUGAAAACUAUUUCUUUAGCAGUAAAACAAUUUUAUAAAAUAUCUAAGCUCCAAAAUCAAAUAACAGAUUUCAUUCUAAAGACUGUUCCUACUUUGGAGAUUAUUUUACAAAUAUGGAAUCGUGUUUUUGAAGAUAACAAUGUAAAAUCUUCAGAAAAUGUUCAAGAAAGCAUUCAGAAUCCAGAAUUGAUAGAUCAUCUUGAUAUUAUCUUAAAUGUUCUUGAUUCGUAUAAAAAUAUAUGUCCAGAGUUGUUAGAUAUUCCAAAUGUACAGUUGAAUUUGUUACUAUUAAAUUUAAAUAGUCUUCAAGAUAAUGAAGACGAUGAAAAAACUAAGAUAGAGAAGAUAAAUUGUAUGAAAGUGAAGACAAUACAGUUUCUACUUGCUGUAGACUCAUCCAUCUUUGCACCUAGAAAAAAGAUUUUCAAAGAAGCUGUCACCUUUUUGAUAUCUUUAAUCCAUCAAAAAGAUUUAUCAUGUGAUAGUUAUAAUGCUAUGAGAAUGCUAUUAAGUACAACGGGUUUAUUUGAAAUCUGUGAAGAUCAGCUGGAUAUUUGGAUCAAUGGCUUUUCAAUAGUAACUGAUUCUAAACAGAAUGAACAAUUGGCACAAUGGUUUAUGUCUAUUCUGAAAAGUACCAUUAAACACAUUGAUAAAUACAUAAAUAUUAUAAUACAAACGGAAGGAAUAAUAAAUGAUCAAACAACUAAUCUUAAUGUUAAAAAAGCAAAGGAUAUAAUUAAUGAGUUAUUUGAUAAAGGUGACAAAACUCCCAGUCUCUAUCAAGAAUUUUCUACAGUCAAUUCGUCUUUAAUUAAUGGACGAUUUGAUGUAAAGCAAGAUACUAUAAUUGAUGAUAGUUUUCAUGAAUUUAAUCAAGAAAAUCCGAAAGAUAUUAAGUACUCAAUAAAGACUAAUGAACAAAUUAUUAAUUUUGAUAUGGAGAUAGAAAAUAUAAUCAGUCGAUUACUUAAUAAAACAAAUCCAAGCAACUUUUCUUUUAACAAGAAUCACUCUUAUAAUAUUUUACGUACAUCGGUUUCAUCUUUAAUUAAUUCUGAUAUGAAAGACAUUAAUGAGACAAAUAAUAUAUUUUUCAAUCAAUCUGAUAAAGAAAAUAAGUUUUACAGAAUGCAAACAUGCACGGCAAUGUCACCUCUUUUAUGUUGUGCGUUGCAAAAGAUAAAUAAGAAAAAUUGCAACACGAUCGUAGCUUAUUUAUCUUAUGUAAUAGUUCAUACUCUACACUAUCAAGUCAUUCCAGAUUUAUUAAUUCAUAUGACAACAGAUUUGACUAACUUGCCAAUUUAUAAAUAUUUACAAAGUUGGUCAAGUGACAAUCAACCAAUUUCUUUGAAAGAUACACUCUCAUCUUUAGGACUAUUGGAAAAACUGAGUAAUAUAUUACUGGCAGAUUUCAAGAUGGACAUAAAUAAAUUUUCAGAAUUAUUUGACGAUGGUUAUUUGACAUAUUGUUUUAAAUAUAACGACAAAGAAGUUACUAUUAGGCAUUCAUUAUCUUUGUAUAAUGUCAAAACUUUGUUAAAGAUGACUGUGUUUUAUUUAGCACAAUUAGUACGGUAUAAAAUUUUACGGCAAACUCAAAACGAAAAUUGCAAACUCAUACUUGUGUUUCUCUUAAACAUUUCGCAAUCUAUCGAUUUGAAUCAAGAAAACAUAGUAAUACUUGAAGAAAAUGCAAGAUGUAUUUUCACUCAUCCUAUUCUUUUGCAUUAUUUUUCACCAUUUUACAAAGAAGCCUCGAAAAAUUCGAUGGAAUAUAUGGUCACUGAAACUAUUUUAAAAGUUUUUGAAUCUGUUUCGCAUUUAUAUGUGAAACACAAUUAUGCAGGGAUCUAUAAUAUUUUCUUCGCAUUUAGAAAUAAGUUCCUUGCGCAAUUGGGCAAUGUCAUCGAAAAAAAUUCUUUGGAAGCUUGCAGUAGCAAUUACGAGACUGCCAUUGAGUUAUUGAAAUUAUUACAACUGAAAAUGGAAGAUAUUGUGAGCUUAUUGUUUACUUUGGUAAAAUUGGAAAAAAAUGUAUUUAUUUCGAAUGAUAAGCAAAAUCUGUCUAUGUUUGGACAUAUCGUUCCAAUAUUGUUGGAUAAAUAUUGCAACGAAUCAAUAUUGCAUAAAUGCGAUAUGUUGAAUAAACAGUUCGUAGAAGAAUUCAGCUCAUGCUUACUUUAUCUGAAGACUGGUAAAAUAAAUGUAGAAAAAUGGGAAGAAGUUUUAACAAAAUACUUAUCUAUUUUUCCACACAAUGUUUCUGGAAUUAAUACUAAUACUUUUGCGUUAUUGUUAACAAAAAAUAUCACCGCGUCUACAAUUCAGCUAAUAACAAUUUUGAUCAAUAAAAAUACAAAGUUGAUUUCAUCAUUGGUAAAAUAUUUUCUCAAGGUGAAAAACGUGAAACAAGCAAACGUUGUAUUUGCAAUAUUGGGCAGCAACUUAAAAUACAAAUGGAAUGAAAAGUUUCUUCAAAGUCUUUAUGAGCAUUAUAGCGGUGAUAUCGCCGCGUAUAUAAUUGAACCACAAAAAUCUGUUCCCUGGAUCGAAGAAAAUACUGCGGCAAUCAUCUAUCUUAUCGAGAAUACUUUUGAUCUUGUCCUGUGCGAAAAAAUUUGCAAUGAUAUUUCUCAAAAUGGUGAUAAACUCGAUAUGGUAUCCGUCUGUUUUGUGCAAUUGCUGGAAAGUUUAUAUAAGAAAUAUGAAAAUCUCAUAACGGCUAAAGAAAAAUCUUUGAUGGAUCUGAUAAAAAUAUUGUUGCGUGUGAUGACUUCGACAUUGAAAAAAGAAUCAAAAAACACAAACAAAAUCAAAAUCUUAUGUGAAAAGUUAAACAGAGCAGUGAUCUGUUUAACAAAGACUACACAUAACUUCGUUUUUACUUCGUUGAGCAAGGAUUAUUCAUGGUCGCAAUAUACUAGAUUCUCUUUAAAAUUAGGUUUGAAAGAUGCUAAGGAUGAGGAGACUCAAUCAAAUUUAUUAAAAACCCUGAGUAAUUUAUGUGACGUUGCUUAUGGAAAUAAUAUUAAUGAUGAAUAUGUGAAGAAAUUAUUCGAAAUGACGACGUCCCAUUCGGAAUUUGUUAAUGUUAUGCUUGAAUCAUCCAUUGUUAAAGAUGAGUUGAUUGAAUUACUGAAGGUACUUACUAAAAAGAAUUAUUCUGUAAUGACUAUCUCACAUGUGCCUCUUUACCUUGCGGCUUAUAAUGCCACUCUUUGUCAUGUUGAUCAACGGAUUUUACAAAUUCUUCAGCAUUAUGAGUCUCAUAAUAUUAAGCUGCAGCAAUAUUGGCCAUAUUUAUGGGGAAGCGCUGCAGCAACACGUUAUAGCAUAAAAGGAGAGACAAAUACUGCUUUGUGGAGACAGCCUUCCACUUCCGAAGUCUUUAAUUUGUUUGAUAAGGAUAUUGUGAAUGAAACUAUAAAAAAUUAUCCCAUACAUAGAGGAAUGAAAGAUAAUAAACUACAGGAAAGCAAUAAUGUAUAUGAUCCAGCAUUUUAUCUACCUUUGUUGUGUACUCUAUUAGCAGAAAAUAAUAUCGUGGCAUAUCAUAAAUUGAAUCAGAGUGGUGCAUUAGCAUUAGUAUUUGCGGCGUGUUGCAGCGAUUCAAGCGAUGUUCGGAUGGCAGCAUAUACUAUCAUCUCUAGAUACUACUUUCAUUUGGAAACAUCUAAGUCUAAAGAAAAAUUACUAUGGAUGCGUUUAAUUGACGCUUUGCGAAAUGGCAUCGUCUCUUUAAAAUAUCCAUUGAAGGAUGUCCGCCUGAGUUGCUUGGCAACUACCUUUCUAGCUAGGACUUCGCUCAUCGCCAGUCAACCUCUACAUUCACUUUAUUCGCCAUUGCAUACUUUUUUAAUGGCCAAAACCGCACUAGAUUUAAAUACAAUACCAGAGCUGUUGCAGUUGUUACACAGUUCACAUGUGGAGCAUAGUGCACAUCGAUAUUGGAUUUUGGAGAAUAUUCGAGAUGGCAUAAAAGAGGAAAACGAUAUAAAUGUGGCCCUGAAAUGCAUGUUGUUCAAAAUUCUUCUGGAUUUUCGUACUUGCAUACUGCCGGAUGCAAAAGCCAAGAAACUAAUUUUAGAAGUAUUCGCCUCUACUACUAGAAUUUCCAAAGCAUCCUUGCUUCUUAUACGAGGAUAUGGCAUUCUUCCUUGGCUCCACGAAGUUAUCAAUCAUUUGGAGAUUUGUGAAGUGGAAAUCAAAACUAUUAUCAUCAUAAUCGAAAAUAUGCUGAAUAGCCUAGAUAGUUUGACGCAGGAUGUUACUAAUUACAAAUCUCUAUUAUGUAGCAUUCUUUUGUUAUUACAAGUGCGUUUAAAGAAAAGAGUUUGUAUUCUCUAGUUGUACUUUUUUAAGAUUUUUUAAAUGUUUUUUUUUAUGUAAAGUAAAAAAGAAUAUGCG